AUGACCGACUUUCCUUUGAGAUCAAUCCUCCACAGCCCUGAUGCUUCUCAGCGACUCAUGAAGUGGGCUAUAGAGCUAAGCCAAUACGACCUCCUCUACCGGCCGAAGACUGCAAUAAAAGCUCAAGCCUUAGCAGACUUUGUUGCAGAAUUCACACCAUCAGCCGAAGAAGAGAAGCUGGUCAGCAAAAAGAAGGAAAGUUCGAGAGCAGACAGACCUCUACUAAACCUGACCAACCCAGAGACAUGGUGGCAGUUGCGCGUAGACGGAGCGUCGAACCAGAAAGGAGCUGGAGCAGGCGUCAUCAUCAUCACCCCAGAUGGAACCCUGUUAGAGCAAGCUAUCACGCUUGGCUUCCCGGCUUCAAACAACAGGCAGAGUACGAGGCGUUGCUCGCUGGCUUGCACUUGGCAAAGGAGCUAUCAAUCAAAAAGCUGGCCAUCUACUCAGAUUCCCAGCUGA